ACAUAGAAUUCAACAAUCAGAUAGCGAGAUCAUGUCCAAGGUCACCAACAUUUCGUUCUGUCAGUAGGAAAUUCUAUUACGAAGUGAUAAACAAGCAUGUCGAACAGAGCCCCUUUCCUCUGGGGGCUGGUGCUGCUACUCGCCAGUGGUGUAAGAAGUGAUUACGAGUGUGUUUGUAACUACAACGUCGAAACAGCGGUCCAACCUGAUGCGUCCACUUCCGGCCAGGCUCUCGGAUACAUGUACGAGUUCGACUGUAAGGCCUUGGGAUACCAGUCCACUGUACCUGAUUGGCUAGUAAUUCAGUUUGAACACAAGUACGGAUUUAUCCACAAAGACAGUAACAUCGAGUUACAGACGUGUCCUGGAAAUCCACCUGACUCGGACCAAGUCCACCAAACCACAGCGGAGAUCACCUCUACCACGACUCCACAGCCGACAACUCCACAGCCGACAACUUUAUUGCCUACCACAUCUACAACACCAGAAACAACAACUUCAAUAACAACAACGACAUCAAUGACGACAACAACACAAACUACAACAACAACAACGACACCAACCCCUACAACAGCAACAACAACACAAUCACCUACAACCACAACAAUUCCAACAAGCACUCCAACAACUGCAACAACUACUUCUCCUCCUACUACUACUACAGCACCAAGGCUGACCACCACUCCAAGCACAACACCAACGACAGAAUCAACAACAGCAAUGACAUUGUCGACAGCUUCCGUGGCCUAUGCGUACAAUUGUUCGGCAACACAUUUUAAUUACGCAGCGCAUGAACAUGGGACCCUAUUCACGGUUGGUAGAACAUGCUACGAGAUUGUUCCUGUACAUCACACCUGGUCAUAUGCGGAAUCCGACUGUAAACAGAGAGGCGGCCACCUUGCGCACAUAUCCGACAGUUAUCAUCAAACGGCCGUUUACAACGUGGUCAAGCAAUACCAUGGAGACGAUGUUUGGAUUGGUCUACACGACAAAAACCGUGAAGAACAUUUCGAAUGGACAUCAGGAGAUCCCGUUAAUUAUACCAACUGGAUGCCCGGGCGAAAGGACAUUUUCUUCCACGCAUUCGAAGACUGUGUCAGUUUAAGUCUAGGACAAUAUGCAGGAAGGUGGGAAGAUGAAGAAUGCGGGAACACAUAUGGAUACGUAUGCGAGUUUGCGGCUGUUUUGACACCAGUUGACUCGCAUGCAACACCGGCACCGACAACAUCAUCCAUAAAGGGAGAUAUUAACAUGUGCCCACCGAAAGCCGUAUCCUUAGCACACCGCUAUGGAACACUAUUAGUACAACAUGACAGGAGCUGCUACGAACUGCUGCACAAUAAAGUCACAUGGGACCACGGAGAAGCCCUAUGUCAGCAGGCAGGGGGACAUUUAGCGCACAUUAAUAACGCACAGGAGCAGAAUUACAUACAAUCAUUUAUGAUGGCGUAUAAUCCAACGAAAGCCUUUUGGAUCGGCUUACAUGACAGACAAACUGAGGGACGAUUUGAAUGGACUGCAGGCGACCCUGUGACGUACACAAACUGGAUACCUGGUCAUACCGACAACUUUGUGAGUCACAACGUCGAGGAUUGUGUGGCAUUUGUACCAUACAAAGGGGGAAUCUGGGACGAUAUUCCCUGUGGAUCACAGAGCUUCUUUGGUGGCGACGCUGGAGAGACGCAUCUCUCCCUUUGUGAAUACAACAUCGCAGCCAGUGGAGGUGUGCUAGUUGGACGCUGAAGUCAUAAUACUGUAUUUUCGGUGUUCUGCAUAAUACAUCAAUAAAAAAAGAUUUCCUCAUCA